AAGUCGAGCGGCGAAUGCAUCGAAGUGGUUGAGUAUCUUGGUCUCCUCGUUGCAAGCUUUCUCAAGAUACCUGCAAGCACACGGGGCCCAAGUUAGAGCAGCUACAAUGACGGCGAGAGGCCCACGUCUUCGACGCUGAUUCGCCGAUGGAGUGUGAUGUUGCCGGUGAUCACAGCGUGAGGGCACUGUAGCCCAAUGCGUCGCCGUUGUGUCUUCGGCUAUGCAUGCUCUCCACUGCUCACUCGCUUGCUCUGAGCACUACGAGGUGAAGUCGAAUNUGGUUGUUGGGCGAGCGGCCCGCAUCAUCUGCCUCUCUACGUUUGGAGUGCGUCCCUUCGAAGUUCCUGAUAACGACGACUCUGACGGCAUGCAUGUGACGCCCGGCUGUGAUGUAUGCCGGGACUAUCACAUCAUUCCUGCAGGCUUUCGAAACACGUUCGCCAACAACAAUCGCAACGAAAAACAGUGCGAAG